UAUUGAAAUUAGGCCAAUUAAUAAUACUACAAUGGCCUCUAAGUGUUCAAGUGAAAGGAAGAGUCGCAUGUCUCUCACUUUAAAUCAAAAGCUAGAAAUGAUUAAGCUUAGUGAGGAAGGCCUGUCAAAAGCAGAGAUAGGUCGGAAGCUAGGCCUCUUGCGCCAAACAGUUAGCCAAGUUGUAAAUGCAAAGGAUAAGUUCUUGAAGGAAAUUAAAAGUGGUACUCCAGUGAACACACGAAUGAUAAGAAAGCGAAACAGCCUUAUUGCUGAUAUGGAGAAAGUUUUAGUAGUCUGGAUAGAAAAUCAAACCAGCCACAACAUUCCCUUGAGCCAAAGCCUAAUCCAGAGCAAGGCCCUAACUCUCUUCAAUUCUAUGAAGGCUGAGAGAGGUGAGGAGGCUGCAGAAGAAAGGUUUGAAGCUAGCAGAGGUUGGUUCAUGAGGUUUAAGGAAAGAAGCCGUCUCUAUAACAUAAAAGUGCAAAGUGAAGUAGCAAGUGCUGAUGUAGAAACUGUAGCAAGUUAUCCAGAAGAUCUAACCAGGGUAAUUAAUGAAGGUGGCUACACUAAACAACAGAUUUUCAAUGUAGAUGAAACAGCCUUAUAUUGGAAGAAGAUGCCAUCUAGGACUUUCAUAGCUAGAGAGGAAAGGUCAAUGCCUGGCUUCAAAGCUUCAAAGGACAGGCUGACUCUCUUGUUAGGGGCUAAUGCAGCUGGUGACUUUAAGUUGAAGCCAAUGCUCAUUUACCAUUCUGAAAAUCCUAGAGCUCUUAAGAAUUAUGCUAAAUCCACUCUGCCCGUACUCUAUAAAUGGAAUAACAGAGCCUGCAUGACAGCACAUCUGUUUACAACAUGGUUUACUGAAUAUUUUAAGCCCACAGUUGAGACCUACUGCUCAGAAAAAAAGAUUCCUUUCAAAAUAUUACUGCUCAUUGACAAUGCACCUGGUCACCCAAGAGCUCUGAUGGAGAUGUACAAUGAGAUUAAUGUUGUUUUCAUGCCUGCUAACUCGACAUCUGUUCUGCAACCCAUGGACCAAGGAGUCAUUUCAACUUUCAAGUCUUAUUAUUUAAGAAAUACAUUUCGUAAGGCUAUAGCUGCCAUAGAUAGUGAUUCCUCUGAUGGAUCUGGACAAAGUAAAUUGAAAACCUUCUGGAAAGGAUUCACCAUUCUAGAUGCCAUUAAGAACAUUCGUGAUUCAUGGGAAGAGGUCAAAAUGUCAACCUUAACAGGAGUUUGGAAGAAGUUGAUUCCAGCCCUCAUGGAUGACUUCGAGGGGUUCAAGACUUCAGUGGAGGAAGUAACUGCAGAUGUGGUAAAAAUAGCUAAAGAAUUAGAAUUGGAAGUGGAGCCUGAAGAUGUGACUGAAUUGCUGCAAUCUCAUGAUAAAACUGUAAUGGAUGAGGAGUUGCUUCCUAUGGAUGAGCAAAGAAAGUGGUUUCUUGAAAUGGAAUCGACUCCUGGUGAAGAUGAUGUAAAGAUUGUCGAAAUGACAACAAAGGAUUUAGAAUAUUACAUAAACUUAGUUGAUAAAGCAGCAGCAGGGUUUGAAAGGAUUGACUCUAAUUUUGAAAGAAGUUCUACUGUGGGUAAAAUGCUAUCAAACAGUAUCUCAUGCUACAGAGAAAUUGUUCACGAAAGGAAGAGUCCAUCAAUGCGGCAAAUUUCAUUAUUGUCUUAUUUUAAGAAAUUGCCGCAGCCAGCCCAACCAUCAGCAACCACCACCCCGAUCAGUCAGCAACCAUCAACAUCAAGGCAAGACCCUCCACCAGCAAAAAAAUUACGGCUUACUGAAAGCUCAGAUGAUGGUUAGCAUUUUUUAGCAAUAAAGUAUUUUUAAAUUAAGAUAUGUACAUUGUUUCUUUAGAUAUAAUGCUAUUACACACUUAGUAGACUACUGUAUAGUAUAAAUGUAAUUUUUAUAUGUACUGGGAAGCCACAAAAUUCAUUGGACUCACUGUUGCAAUAUUUGCUUUAUUGUGGUGGUCUGGAACUGAACCUACAAUAUCUCUGGGGUAGGCCUGUAUUUAUAUAGUGGUUACAGUAUUCACAAAGUUUUUAUGUCUUUUUAUGAAAAUGUACCUACUUUUCAUUUUUAUUUUUAAUUUAAUUCUAUUGCCUAUAUUUAUUUUUUAUUUUUAAAACUUUUGUAUAGAUGUUCUCUCUUAUGUGAUUGUGAGCUUAUGGUUCUUUUGGUGAUCUGGUCUCUUAUAGUAGGUGUUUCAUAUCCUGGGUCCCUAGCCUUCUGUUUUGGGGUUACAUGUCAUAAUUUUUGGUCUCCUUGGAUCUGUGGAAAAAUAUUUUGCACUGAAAGAUCAUGCUUUAGGUGUGAUUUGUUCAAAUCUCUUUUCUGGUUUGGUAUUCUGCUAGAGAAUGUAUUUUUAAGGAAAGAAGAGUUAUGGUUUUGUAAGAAAAUUUAAGUACUUUGUUAGAAAGCCUAAAAUCAUAAUUUUAUCUCUGGCCAGAGGCUUUGAAUAGUUUUCUUUUCUUUCUUUUUUUUUUUUAAUUAAGUUUCCAUAUUGGCAAGGCUAAACUCUGUACAUUAUAAAUUUACUUAAAGAUAUUGCUUGAAUUAUUCAGAAUAAAGUGUACUUAAAAUUAAUUAUAGUAAUUAGGAUAGAAUUUAAUAGCUUUUAAAUAGUCUUUCAUGACUUAGAAAAUUUCAUUGCCAUCUAGAUUUUAUUAAGAAAGUCUUGAGCUCUUCUUAAAUACACAUUCUAAAGAGCAAGCAUAUUCCUAUGUGUAAGUUGGAAAGUGCACAUUGAGUACCUCUGUGUAUUUGAGAAGGCAGGCUUUCUUACACUGCCAUGAUCAAAAAGUAGAAAUGAUAAAUGCAAAUAUUUGCAUUUUGAGAGUGUUUAUAGCUUGACAAAAUGCCAUCACAUGCAAAGCUAUGAACUUUGCUUCUCUUGAGAAGCAGCAUAAAUAUAUGUAAUCAAGCUACAGUGAGCUCUUUGAAGCAGACCAAGGAGACAGAAUCUUCUCAAGUGUGAGACUGAUAAUGUCUUUAUGGUCAGUAUUGGUGAGGGUUUGCUAAGUGAACCUUUUCGAUUCACAUGAAAGCAUUUAUUUAAAUACGUUUUCUUUUGCUAGCUGCUCUUUAGUUUUUAGCCAUUAAAUGUUUUGACAUGAAGCCUUGACUAGAACUUGUUCAUAAUGGAUAGUAUAUGAUUUAUGUCUCUGGUUUGUGUGCUUUGUUGUUGCCUGUUAUCUGGCCAUGGGGCAAACAUAUCUUCUGUAUCAUCUACAGAAGUACUUUGAACAUCAGUAUUGUUUUAUCUUAAAUGAUAGUAAUUUGCCAUAUCUAAAAUAGAUAAAUAGAUCAGUGAAUGUAAUUCAGGCUUUUAAAUUAGGGGAACUAUAUAAGGCAAUGGUGUGUUAUAUAUAUGUGUGUCAUACACACACACACACACACACACACACACAAUUUUUCUUGUGUGUCCCAUGGAUAUGUCACUCUGUCAGACCUCAUUACUUAUAAGAAGAAAACUGUUUCAUUAUGAUCCUCUGUCUCCUGUUUUAAAAAUUUAAAAAAAAAAUGUAUACCAAACAUAGGUCUGUUUUGAGGUGAGGAAAAAUGUUUCAAGGAGUUUUUGCCUCUGUUUUAAAAUAGAUUUUUUUCUACCGUUUUUAAAGGGAAGAGGAAUGAAAAUAUCAUUUGCUUUUAAACAUUGAAAAGAGAUCUAGAGCCUUCCUAGCAAGCUGAAAAAGAUGAGUAGAACAAAG